AUGCGUCGUUCAAAAGGCUUUCGCAGCGCAUCAGAGAUUACGGCAGGUAGAGAGACGCUAAUGAAGCAUGCAUGGUGUAUUUGGUCAUUGCAGGAGUCGCUUUUUAUUCCCAGAAAGGGGCCUAAGGCGGCUCUCAAUAUAGGAUCUGUGGCUAACUAA